GAAUAAAGGGCACACAUAAGGCCGUUUGUUUGGAGAAGAGAAACAAGUAUUUCCAACUAACUUGGGGUUUCCCCUCAGUCAGCUACAGCUACCGGUUACAGCUAGAUCUAGACUUUCCAUCGCAGCAACGCAGUGUGAAGAAAAUACUUCCGUUUACCAUUGAUAAAGUUUAGCAAUAUGCAUUUUGUAUUCUUUAGUCAGCUAUUGAUGAAACAGUAACUGGACAUUCACACACUUUUUUUUUUGAUGAAGCCAACUGCGUGUUAUCGAGAAUGUCACGUGGAAUGUACGAUCCAUCAUUAGUCCAGCAUGAGGUGUGUGAAGAAGAAGAAGCUGAAACUGAACCAUUUUCAACAGUAGACAGGCGUCUAAGCGCCAAGAAGUGUAUAAAAAACCCCGGGCAUCCAAAUUUUAUCCCGGUGAAAGAAUUCAAUCCUUUCCAUCUGCCUGAGGAUACUCGUGACGAAGAGCUUUUUCGUCUGGUAAUGUUUUUGAUUCAUUUAACGGUGAAGGUAACGAAUAAACACAUAAGUGAACGUAGACCGGAGUAUUGCAAAGGAACUGAUCAGAAAUACCCAUUCGCGGAUAAUAGAGGACAAUAUAUAACAAUAUGCGGUACUGGGACUUGUAGAUUUGUGAAGAUGAUUUACGCGCCUUCAAAAUGGUGCGAAUGUCAGAAGUGCACGACAUUGCACAAACGUGGAAAAGUUGUGGCCCGUAUUAUGAUCUACACGGCAAAGCACGUGGUUUACGAUAAAAUCGAGGCACAACACAGCACAGUGACGUUUAAUUACGAUGAUAGCACGGACGCUGGCGUCAGUUUUAGAGUAGUUGAUGUUGAGAAAACACGCGUUGAUUCUGAUUUUACCUGUCUGAUAAUUGAUGUCUGUGAUGUUAAAAUGGCGGAAGGCAUCAAGAAGAUGCGAGAUGAACUAUACAAACUUUGCCAAACAGUUCGGAAGAAAUACAAAGAUAAGGGGAAAAAACUCACGAUAAUUGUGUCGCACCCCCACGGGUGUUCGAAACACAUCUCAGUCGGCGAGUGGUUAGAACGAGAGCGACACGAGGGCCGCAUGACGAAUUACAGCUACACGGCGUGCACGUGUCCCGGAAGUAGCGGGGCGCUGGUGUACACGCUCGGCUGGCGAGGGUGGAAGUCAGCACACGUGCACUGCGGCGUGAUUGAUUUGGUCAACGUGUCGGCCAAGGGAGGCGAUGAAGUUAAUGACUAGGCCUAGCCUAGUUUAGAUACAUUUCUCUCCCCUUAACAAUAACACGGCCAGUGCACACAGUGAACAUGGCUUGCUUAUUCAAAAACUGCACAGACCACUAAGUCAAGGGAGACUACCAAGUUAAUGGUUUGUUAUCUGCCCCUGAGAUCAAAUUAUUUCUAUCGCCCUGAGCGAUCGUGCGACAAGUGUGUUUGCGAAGGGAAGUAAGUCCUUAUACUUAACAAGCUCCACCCUCCUACGCUUAGCUCCCUUGUCUAGACG